AUGUCUUCAUCCUCGUCGAAUCCCGCCUCCAUCAAGCGCGCGACAACUCCAGAGUCCCAGUCGCGUACUCUCACCUCCGAGACGCCGACGACAUCGCUCAUGCGACAGUGGACGAUUUUCUCGCCGCUGCCAAUACACACCCCACAGGGGUCGUCUACCAUCCAACAGGUGGCUUUCGAUCCAUUCGGGGAACUGGCAGCGAGCCUAGAUUCCACGCUCCCGAAAACGUCCCAUUCCCCAAGACGAGCGUCGAGCACGCUUUUAUCUAUCGAUAGCAGCAACUUUCGAUUCCGAGGGUAUGGAUUACCAUGGACCCGCGAAACCAGCCCGGAAUUAAGCCACACGCCAUCACUCGACGAGAUUGCUGCGUCUCUACGCGUCGAUGGUGGGACAUGCGAUCCAAGAGACGUCUGGGUCAUGCCGCGUCGCGAAGAGAUUUUAGUCGAUAUGGGAACAUUCGACACUCUCCUGCGGAGACCCAUAUCUUCCGCGCCGGUGAAGCGCACGCACGCGGAUUUGGACCUGCCACCAAGAAAGAGAGCGAAAGCCACUCGCUCUCGAGCUCAGUCCGUGGACUUGGCGAGGGCGUCGACUUCCGAGGAUCCGUCACCCACGUCGGGGUCAUCCAAAGCUUCUAGUGAAGCUUCCAAUGAAGUCGCUGACAUCGAUGGUGAAGAGGCGUUGGAAGACAGCCAGGAGACAGCCCGGGGCUCAACUUCGGGAACGACGCCAACUGCAGAGGGAAUUGAGGCGGCGUUGGGCGAACCAGGCGUUUUUGUGCCAGCCAGUUAUCCCGACCACGAACUUGAUUCGUGGAGAGACCACCUCGCGGGUCGGCGCUCGGCAGAGGCGUUGUUCCCACAUCUCAGGUCGACGGCGUCUUAUGCUUUCCGCAAGACGUUGAGGAGCCCUCGGUACUGCUGUCAGGCGACAAGCCGAUGGAACGGUACGGGGUGGGAGGAGAUCCCGAUGUGUGGUGAGAAGAUGAGCUCCUCCGAGUCGUUCGUACGACAUGUAAAGAGCCAUCUGGGGCUCUGUCGGGAACAGACACUGGAGGAGGCUUUUACUGGUGAGCAAAAGCCAUUAGAAACUGCAUUGGAUCUGACGGUAGCCAGCGAGGGCAAAUAG